UAUAUAUUAACAUCCUACUACCUAUGGACUCCAAUCAAACCUAUUUUAAUCAGAAAUCAAGUUUUACUCCUUCUUCACCAUUAAAAACAAGGUAUUCUUUUCAUAUUUAUUCUAGACCAUUACCUAGUCCUUCCUUAGAAAGUCUUGAAGAUUUUAAUUUAAAUGAUGUCUAAUCAGACUCAGAAAGCUCAAGAAAAUCAUCUUAUCAAAAAUUUGAUAAACAAGUCUUAGUAAUAGAAUAUUUGGUUGAAAAACUUAAAGCUUUUGAAUGAAAACAACAAUUACUGAGAAAAAUAAAAUAAAAACGAGAGA